UAAUCGCCGCAUAUAAAGUAACAGUUUCGUUUAUUUUUGUGCAAGUGGCAAACAAUUGCAGUAAUGGAUUCACCACCGCCUAGACGGACGUUGCGAAGUUCAAAUCGUUUAUCACUUUCUUUGAGUCUUCGCACCAAAACAAAGCGAGAAAAAGCGGUGCAAACAGAUAAAGAUCGGUGUCAAAAUAGGCCAGAUGAAAUGUCCAUAGUACAAAUCACCGAACCCAAGCCUUCGUCCCUGUUAGCAUCAGACCUAAUGAAUACCGAAUCAGGCAUAGACAACAGUUGCAGUCCUGGAAGUAUAUCCUCGAUUCGCGUAGAGGCGCGAUCUCCUGAGCCGAUAGUGAUCAGUGACAAUGAGAAAGAUUGUGAGACACCUUCAAAAAGAUCAAUCCCCGAAUUCUUUACACCUUACAAACAUCAAAUUAAAAGUUCCAACUCCAAUAGAAAAUGUACUACUGGCGGAAAACUUAGCAGCGUCGCCUCAUCUGCCGAGAAAAAAGCUCCAACAACGCUUCCGAAAAAGACGAUUGGGAAAGUACGUCGUAAAAUAUGUCCGACUACUAAUAUCAAACAUCUUACAAAGAAGUAUUUUGACGAUUCACAAAAGAGAAUAACAAAUUUUUUUUCCAAAGAGGAAAAUCCGCAGCAAAUUGGUUAUUGCCGUGUGCUGAAAGAGUCUGCGAUGCCAACGAUUAUAACCGGAGAUUUGGAUGUGGAACAAAUGUUAAACAUUGAAGUAGAGGAAGCAGAAGACCAUUUAAGGUUCUCACAAACUGUAGCCGAAUCGUCUACACAAGCGAAGGGAGACAUGUGCCCAAUUAAAAUCAUGGAACGCAUUGAGCGUGUUGAAAGUGCAUGCUACGAUCCGGUUAGAGAAGAUUGGAAUAUGGAACGCGUACAAGUGCCUAGGGAAAUAGAUAAAACUUACAAUGAUGAAACGACAGGUGAUUCGGGGAUUGCUUGUGAUGAUCAAUCCAUGACAUAUAGAUUCAAAACGACACAGGAAACUGUAAAUGUGUGCACCCGUGGGGCAACACCCAAAACGACAAAUAAAACAAAUUUCCCAACAUGUCAUCGCCAACAAGAUAGUAAGAAAAAAGGGCCACGACAGCAGAGCAAAAGUAAAAUUGUGUGCCCCAAGUACAAAAUAAUCUCUGGCACAAACUUUGCCGUGGAUGCCUUUCGGUAUGGAAACAUCGAGGGAGUAACGCAUUACUUCCUCACGCAUUUUCAUGCUGAUCAUUAUAUUGGACUGAAAAAAUCAUUCUGCAAACCUCUGGUAAUGUCGCCGAUUACAGCAAAGCUUGUAAAGACAUUCAUCAAUGUGCCGGAAGAUGUCUAUAUAUUAAUAGAUUUGCACCAGAGUAUCUUCAUCGAUGGCAUCGAAAUAAUUGCACUGGAUGCUAAUCACUGCCCUGGCGGUAUCAUGUUUCUAUUUCGUUUGGUUGAUGGAACCAACAUUCUACAUACUGGCGAUUUUCGAGCGUCCCCUGAAAUGGAAGAAUAUCCCGAGUUUUGGAACAUGUCUAUCGAUUGCAUUUAUCUUGACACUACUUACCUCAGUUCAAAGUACGCAUUCAAGUCACAAUGGGAAAGCGUUGCCGAUGCGCGCGAAACUGUCGCCGCGUAUUUAAAAAAACAUAUUGGUACCAAGGUGUUGGUUGUUUGCGGAAGUUAUCUAAUAGGAAAGGAGAAGGUUUGGACAGAAAUUGCCAUUUCAUCGAACAUGAAGGUGUGGACGGAACAGAACCGAUGGAAAGCACUGAAAGCAAUAGCGGAUCCAAACCAGCUUUCGAUGCUUAUAGCAGACCCGAACGAGGCUGAUAUCCAUGUGCUGGCGAUGAACAAACUUACAUACGACGAUCUAAAUGAACAUCUAAACCAGUUUCCGGACCGUUACGACAGCGUGAUUGGAAUACGCCCGAGUGGUUGGGAAAAAAAUAGCAAACCACAGUACCGGGGUCGAAUUAAUAUAGUGGGAGUUGAAUAUUCGGAACAUUCCAGUUUUGAUGAACUGAAACGAUUCGUACAGUUUCUAAGACCCCGAGAGGUGAUCAGCACUGUGCCUUAUGGUAAUUCAAACCAAAACCGUACCCCAUCUGUUCCAAUAUCUUGGUAUCAAGGGGAAAUUCGUCCAAAUAGGAAAGAAUUGCAGUUAUCCAUAACUAACUUCAUCUCGACGCCGGUCGGAACCAAUAAUAGAAGGCUUUUGCAGCUCUCGUCCACAUCAGCCCGGAUGACCAUAGUAAAAACAAAACGGGAGAAAAAGGAUUCAAUCGAAACAAAGGUGGAAGAAGUAAUCGACCUGGUGAGCGAUAACGAUGAAGAUAAUAAUAAGCGUUCAGAGAACGGUGAAUAUAGUGUCGAUAGCGACUGGUUGGCUUAAUACUUUAAUUUUAUGCUACCUACUAGUGGUUUUUUUUUACUGAACUGAACAAGACAGAUAAUAUGUAACGUGUGUAAAUUAGGUAAACGCAAAAGCGGCUGUGCCAUGAAUACAUAUGGUGAAGUUAGAUGAUCAAUGGUUUGCAUUUACAGAAACUAUAUAAUUAGUGUUGGCAGGAACGCUCAGGGUUGGGUUCACUGAAAUAGAAUAAAUUUUCCAAAAGAACAACCAGAGGGAGAUUUUUAUUACGAGAUUUGAAUGAUUCUGUUCGUUAUAUUAAGCUAAUCCAGCUUUAGACCAAAUAUUUCACAUUUUACGUCGUUACGCCAAGAAGAAGAAGAAAUUUUCAAAUACAUUAGGCACUACAGAUACUUGGUUUCGUUAUAAUAUAAUGUUACAUAUACUAGUCAAUACAUCGAGUUGUGGUUUAAGCAGUGGCGUCUCGUCC